CUGAAGCUGAGGCGGUGCUUUCUUUCUCCUGGCCUCUCGCUCUCCGAGGCUGAGUGCUUUUUGCCCUGCGGUCCAUUUUCCUUCUUAGUCUUUUCCCUCAGGGGUCCAUCUCCAAGGCAGGGGUUCGCCCUCCUGCAGAGGCAGGCCCGCGACCUGCUCGACGCUGCCCCAGCCCUGCAGCGAGCGACCCUUCUCUCCCUGCUCUUCCGACCAGUCUCUCUCCCUGACUCUUAGCUCCCCUUCGCCAUCCGCCACGUUCACACUCCUUCCACCCCACCCCCCUCCCUGUGUUUUCUUUCCCUUUGCAGGUAUGGAAGCUUCCUGGCGCCAGGUGGCCGGCGGCCGAGGCCGAGCUCGAGGGCGGGCCACGGCGGCCCCCUCGUCCGGGAAUGGAGUCCGUCUCCGUGGCGCCGGGGGAGGUCGAGAGAAGGAGCCGGCGGGCGCCGCUCGCCCCGGCCUCAGCGCCGGAGGGUCGCUGGCCGCUGCGGCUGCGGGUGGCCCGGCCCGGAACCGCCCCGCGGGGUCCGAGGCGCCGCAGACUUCCGUCGCCAGUGAGCUGAUGUCUCAGCGGAAAUUUGAGGAAAUCAAAAAGGCUAAUCAAGCAGCAGCCAAGAAGCUUGUUGAACACUUCAGCUCCUCUGAAGAUGAGGGAGAUGAGGACUUUGAAGGAAAACGGGGGGAAAUAGUCGCUAAUACAUUUGUAACAUACACUACUCAGACAGAUGGAGAUAUCCGUGAAUUAGAACGAACAAAACAGUAUGUAAAUGAUGCCUUUCAAACCGGGGCUACUACAUGCUUGAUUUGUAUUGCUUCAGUGAAGAGACACGACGCAGUCUGGAGCUGUUCAGGAUGUUUCUGCAUAUUUCACAUGCCUUGUAUCCAGAAGUGGGCCAAGGACAGCCAGUUUCUUUUAUCUUCUUUGACUGAUGAUGAUUUUGGAAAGAGAGAUUAUCCGUGGCCAUGUCCAAAAUGUAGGUUUGAAUACAAACGAUCUGAGACACCCAGCAGGUACUAUUGCUAUUGUGGAAAAGUAGAAGAUCCGCCUUCAGACCCAUGGCUGGUGCCUCAUUCAUGUGGCCAAGUAUGUGAGAGAGAAUUUAAACCUCCUUGUGGCCAUAAAUGUUUACUCCUCUGUCACCCAGGCCCCUGUCCUCCUUGUCCGAAGAUGGUCACAACGACUUGUUACUGUAAGAAAGCAAAGCCCAUCCCUCGUAGGUGCAGUGCCAAGCAGUGGUCCUGUCAUUCACAAUGUGGGCGCAAGUUGCUUUGUGGACAACAUAAGUGUGAAAGCCCUUGUCAUUCAGGAAAUUGUCCACCUUGUCCAAGAGUUAGUAGACAGAAGUGUGUCUGUGGCAAACAAGUUGCUGAAAGAAGUUGUGCAAGCCCACUGUGGCACUGUGAUCAAGUGUGUGGAAAAACACUGCCGUGUGGUAAUCAUACAUGUGAGCAGGUUUGCCAUGUUGGUGCUUGUGGAGAAUGCCCGCGCUCUGGGAAAAGGUUGUGUCCAUGUCAGAAAUCAAAAUUUUCUUUGCCGUGUACAGAAGAUGUGCCAACAUGUGGAGACAGUUGUGACAAAGUACUUGAGUGUGGAAUACACAGAUGUUCACAGCGCUGUCAUCGAGGUCCUUGUGAAACAUGUAGACAAGAAGUGGAAAAGCAUUGUCGCUGUGGAAAGCAUACAAAACGAAUGCCGUGCCAUAAGCCUUACCUGUGUGAAACUAAGUGCGUGAAGAUGCGGGACUGUCAGAAGCAUCAGUGCAGGAGGAAGUGUUGUCCUGGAAAUUGUCUCCCUUGUGAUCAAAACUGUGGACGGACUUUAGGAUGUAGAAACCAUAAGUGUCCAUCUGUCUGCCAUAGAGGUAGUUGCUAUCCCUGCCCAGAAACUGUAGAUGUCAAGUGCAAUUGUGGUAUGACAAAGGUGACAGUACCCUGUGGCCGAGAACGGACCACAAGACCACCGAAAUGCAAGGCGCUAUGCAGUCGACCACCAACUUGCCAUCAUACAACUCAAGAAAAACAUCGCUGUCAUUUUGGCUCUUGUCCUCCGUGCCAUCAGCCUUGCCAACAAGUUUUGGAGAAAUGUGGUCACUUGUGUCCUGCUUCAUGUCAUGAUCAAGCAUUAAUAAAGCAAACUGGCAGGUGCCAGCCUACAGUCCCCUGGGAACAGCCUUCUGAGCCCACGUUUGUACCGACUGCAUUGCCUUGUCCUCCAUGUCAAGUUCCUAUUCCUAUGGAAUGUCUUGGGAAACAUGAGAUCAAUCCACUACCAUGCCAUGCUGUCGGACCUUACUCUUGUAAGAGAGUUUGUGGACGAACUUUAGCUUGUCAGAAUCACACGUGUAUGAAGGAGUGCCAUAAAGUAACUGAAAUAGAUGGCCAGACAGGCAAAAACAAGGCUGGCCUGGAAUGCUUUCGUUGUGAAGAAGGGUGCUCUAAAGCACGACCACUGGGCUGUCCUCACCCAUGUGUUCUGCCCUGUCACCCUGGAGAAUGCCCUCCUUGUGUGCAGAUGCUCCGAGUGAAAUGUCACUGCAAGAUCACAGUCCUUUAUGUGGAAUGUAGAAAAAUAACCACAGCUGAUGUAAAUGAGAAGAACCUCCUAAGUUGUUGCAAAAACCAGUGCCCUAAAGAGCUUCCUUGUGGUCAUAGAUGCAAAGAGAUGUGCCAUCCUGGUGACUGCCCCUUUAAUUGUAACCAGAAGGUAAAACUGAGAUGUCCGUGUAAGAGAAUCAAAAAGGACUUGCAGUGUAAUAAAGUACGUGAAAAUCAGAUUUCAAUAGAAUGUGAUGCAACAUGCAAGGAAAUGAAGCGGAAAGCCUCUGAGAUAAAGGAAGCAGAAACCAAAGCUGCUCUUGAAGAAGAAAAGCGAAGACAGCAGGCUGAACUGGAGGCUUUUGAAAACAGACUGAAAGGCCGUCGAAAGAAGAACAGGAAGAGAGACGAAAUAACAGUUGAACUGUCACUGUGGCAAAAAUAUAAAUACUAUCUCCUUCCACUGUGUGGAGUUGUGGUUGUAGUAGUUGCAUGGUACAUUGCUCAUGGUGCAGAUUAAAAUGAGUUGGACUUGUACUGUACCUCAGAUUAGAUUAGCUGGCUUGUUCAGUUUAGAAUGUUAUGAAGUAUAUAUUAUAAAACAUGACAGUUCGCAUUCAGCCUGUAUUCUUUCAGCUGCUGGUAGAAGGGCAGAGUGUUAAGCACUGUCUUCAUUAGCGUCCUGGAGAGGACAGAAUAACAGUGGUUGCUGUAACAAGCAUGACUUCAACUUAAAGAAUGAUUAGCUAGUGGUCGAAUUACAUGAACAAAGUUUGUUUUAUUUAAUAUUUCCAAGAGACCUUUAAUUUUUCCCCCCUUAGGUAAAAUUAAAACGAAACUGAGCCAUACAUACAGAAAGAGGAAUAUUUCUCACUGUUUUAUGUACUUAUUAAAGGGUGCUUUUCUUGAUCAUGUAACUUUGUACUUUUUUAAACAAGUGAUUCUUUUAAAAGACCUCAUAAACUGUAAAACAAUUAGAUUCCAGAAGUUACUGCUGAGGAUUUUUAUCAGUUGUUGAUACAAAUUUUCAUUUAACAUGUUCCUUAGAGGAAAAUAUAAUUGUUUUUAAUAAAUGCUAGACUGGAUUCCUCAUGUGGCUACUUCUUGUGUAAGAAGUUUUGAACUGAAGUUGGAAUGUUUUGUACAACUUAUGUCUUUUCAAAAUAAUAAUAAAAGUUAACUGAUAUUUAUGAGCAAGAUGUUCUGAACACA